AUGCACAGAACCACUAACGAGUUCGGACUCUACAAGGUAGCCAUAACUUCUCUAGAUUGCACUGACGUGGAUAGUCUCGCGAGUUCUUGUCAAGCUAGUUUGGUCGGAAGAAGAAGAAGCUCCUCGGAUCUUUCUUGCAACGUACCUGGUUACAGAACUACGACGGAUCAAGUCGUGUUUAAGUCUAAACGGUCUAAUCUAUGUAUCUAUGAAUUCUAUGCCUUGAAUUUCAGACCAUUCAAGAGGGAUCUUGCCUUGUGUGGCAAGAAAUAG